AAAAUAUUUUAUCGACGAAACAAUCGAAGUUGUCAGAGUUGGAAUAAAGUGAACAAAGAAGUUCGUUCAUAUAAAAGCAUGUAACCGCAGAUGAAACUUAAAAUAUUUCGGAAAAAAAAUAGAACUGAUUCUCCCAGAAUGAUUUCAAAGGUCUAUCACUUUCUUUUUCUUGGAUUACUGUUCAGGAGUUCUUCAGGUUUCUACUUUGGAAUGCCAGCUGACAAUCGAAAUGACAAACAAAUCAUUUAUCAAACACCAGGAAAUACUAACCGAUUUGGGCGGCAAAUGCCUCCUCAUCACGAACCUGAUGCUGUUAUCAUAAGCGUAGGAAGCAAUCAACCCGGAAUUCCAGGAGGAUAUCCUAGCUUUGACAUUCCAAAUGGUCCUGAUGUGUACGGAAGACCUCAAGGCCCACCUGUAUUUGGAAUGCCUGGAGGCCCUAAUGUAUUUGGAGGACCCAGAGGACCAGGUAUAUUUGGUAUCCCGGGUGGACGUGGUGGUCCUGGGGUAUUUAGAAUACCAAAUGGGCAAAAUGGACCUGGUGUGUUUGGUAUACCAAAUGGACAAGGUAUACCUGGAGUUUUUGGCAGUCCUGGUGGGCAUGGCCAACCUGGAAACCCAAACAUGUUUGGCGCGCCUGGAGCACAGGGAUUUGGAUGGGGAUUUGCUGGAGGAAUACUGCCAAUGCCUAAUAGUGGAGAAACAUUUCUGACACCAAGCGGAGUUCCUAGAUCUUUCGAUGGUUUCGUACCAGGAGGAUUACUUCCUACUAGUGCUGGAGGAAUGGUGCCAGGGGAAUCAGCUUUCAUACCUUUUCAGCCAGGAAAUGCAGGAAUUCCUGGUGGAAUCAUCCCUAGACCAGAAAUCUAUGGGGGACCUGGAGGUCGAGAAAUACGUGAUGAUCCAAUAGCAGAUCCAUUUCCCUUAAUUGAUAAAUCAUCAAGGUAAAAAGUGCUGGUGCUAUUUAACAGGUUUGUAAAGAUAUUUUAAGUGCCACAGUUGACCACAAAGUGAGAAGAAAAUGCAAUGAACAAAUUCAUUUGUUACAUUUUUAAAUAAAAUUUUGUACGAAAAAAA